AAAAAAAAAACGAAAAUAUCCGGCGAAAUACAGAUAAGGCACAGCAAAAACUCCCUCGUCCUCCAUUUUCGACCUUCCCAACACAAAAAUGCUUUCUCUCACAGCAAACUCUGUGAAACCCUCCUCUUCUUUCAUCUCCAACAACAACAACAACAACAACAACAACAAGCCCUUCUCAUCUUCUUCCUUCCUGAACGCCCACCGUCCUCUCCUUAUAUCCCAUUCCAAACCUCUCCCAAGCCCAAAACCCAUCUCUGCAACUCUCAAUCCUUCCCCAACUCCUUCCUCAAGCCCACAACAUCAACAGCAGAACCUCUACCAGCCCUUCAGACCACCUCCAUCUCCACUCCCUUCCCAGUUCCGCAACCUCGAUACGGCAAGUCGUAUCGAGGUCCUUGCUAAUCGUCUCGGCCUCUGGUUCGAUUACGCCCCUCUCAUCCCAACCCUCAUACAGGAAGGCUUUUCCCCUCCUUUCAUUGAAGAAGCCACCGGCAUUUCGGGGGUCGAGCAGAACUGCCUCGUCGUCGCCGCCAAAGUUCGCGAUUCCUUAGUCCAAUCCAAGAUCGACCCAGAAAUUGUCUCGGCGUUUGACUUGGGCGGUGCCGAGUUGCUGUACGAAAUUCGGUUGCUGAAUGGCCAGCAGCGCUUCGCUGCGGCUCGGUACAUUGCUGAGAAUCGGCUCGAUGCGAAGGGAGCUCAGGACCUUGCUCGAGCGAUGAAGGAUUUCCCUCGUAGACGUGGGGAUAGAGGUUGGAAGAGCUUUGAUUAUGCACUUCCAGGUGAUUGUCUCUCUUUCAUGUUUUGUAGGCAGAGUAGAGAGCACAAAAACCCUUCGGAACAGAGGACUGCGGCUUUAGAGCAGGCUCUGGAAGUCGCUGAGAGUGAGAAGGCAAAGAGUAGAGUUUUACGGGAACUGGAGAGAGGGGGUGAGGCUAAAGAUGGAGUGGAAGGGAAUGUCGAGGAAGGGGUUCGGGUUCCGGUAGUGAGGAUGAUGAUUGGUGAGGUGGCUGAGGCGAGCUCAGUCGUGGUUCUACCUGUUUGUAGAGCAGAGGAAAGAGAGAAAGAGGUUUUGGAAGCUCCAUGGGAGUGUAGGAAUGAAGGGGAAUUCGGUGUGGUGUUGGCAGAGAAAGGAUGGACGAGGUGGGUUGUCUUGCCCGGGUGGGAACCGGUGGUGGGAUUAGAAAAAGGAGGAGUGGUGGUAUCAUUUGUUGAUGCCAGGGCAUUGCCAUGGAGAACAAAUAGGUGGUACAAGGAGGAGCCUAUAUUGGUGGUGGCUGAUAGGAGUAAAAAGGAGGUGGAAGCGGAUGGUAGUUUUUAUUUGGUUGCUGUUGAUGAUGGAUUAAAGGUUGUAAGGGGAUCGGCAUUGAAGGAAAAGGAUGUGAAGGAGAGUUUAGGGACUGUGGUUUUGGUGAUUAGGCCACCAAAAGAAGACAUAGACGAUCAGUUGAGUGAUGAAGAUUGGGAGUGAACAAAUAAGAGAGUGAAAUAUUUGUUAUAAUGGGACAUUAAUACAAGUUAUGUAGAAUGUUCAAUAAAAGUGGAAACUUGAUGCUCAUGGAGCUGAGCUUCAUAUUUUUUUCCCUUUCUUAUUUUAUUUUAUUUUAUUUUUUUAAGGAGGAUUUAGCCCUUUUUUUCUUUAUGUAAUUUGUAUCCAGCACCAUAUAAAAUGAUUUAUACGUGCACUUUGUGUUCGUUAUUGAGCUUU